CGAGGGGCAGCCCUCGCAGGCAUCCUCGCGCGGAGUCGAAGCGCUGCGCGCCUCCGGACCGUCCUCUUGGGCGCCGGGCGCGACCACCGGGCGGCGCACGGUUCAACGGGACGAUGGGCUCGAUGGAGGCCAGGGGGGCGGAGCAGCUGGAGGCGGGCAGCCCGCGCCGCGCGGAACCGGCGUCGCGGCUCACGAUGGAGGCCAAAUCGGGGGAGGGCAGCCCGCGCCGCGCGGAGCCGGAAUCGCCGCGGCGGCACUCGCCGCGGCGGCACUCGCCGUGGGGCUUUGCCAAGGCGCUGGGAGUGCGCGACCACGAGGCGCGGUUCGUCCCCUACGAUCCGUGGCUCGGCGCCGCCGUGGGAGCUCGCGGGCCUCGCCGCGCUGAGCGCGCUCGCGUACGGCGCCGCGUGCCUGACGCCGCUGGCGCACGGCGGCCUGCUCGCGCCGCGCGCGGGCCCGGGCUGGGCCAUCUUCUGCGUCUGGCUGUUCGCGUCGGCGACGGGCCGCGCGCUCGCGUGGCUGGGCUGCCGCCGCUCGCGGGCCAGCUCCUGGGCGGCGCGCUCGCGCGGAACUCGCGCGCGUUCCGCGGCGCGGCCCUGACGCACGCGUACAAGGCGACGAUCCGCGCGGCGGGGCUCGGCACGAUCAUGACGCGGUCGGGCCUCGAGCUGGACGUGGGCGCGAUCCGGCGCGCGGGGCGCGUGGCCGCGCGGCUCACGGUGCUGCCCGGCGUGUCGGAGGCGCUGGCCGUCGCCCUUUUCGCCCGGUGGGUCUUCGAGCUGCCGUUCGUGCUCGCGCUGGCGCUCGGGUUCAUCCUGGCCGCGGUCUCGCCGGCCGUCGUCCUCGUCUACGUCUUCGAGCCCGACCGCCUGGAGCUGGUCGACAACGAGCGGUGGCUCCGCGGCGACUGGCGGUCCGUGACGCUCGUCCGGACCCGCGACGACUGGGAGCCGGCGCCGGCACCGCCACGGGCGGCGCGGGUCGCUGCGACCGCCGCGGCGCGCCGAUCCGCGGCGCCCCCGGCAAGUAUGUAA